UCCACACUACGGUUCGUUCCGAGGUCCGGUAAAAAUCUCGGAAAGAUCACAAAACACGCCAGUAAAACCUUACCUGGAGAUAGCUAUUUUUAACUGGCCGUAGUACGGGAAAAGACUAGUCAUUCGUUUUCAAAGGGAGACGGAGGGCAGUCUCUUCCUCAGUCAUCUGUUGUCUCUUUGGUUCUCUCUAAUGGCGACCUCGAAAAAGCCAUUACUCUUCUUAGUACUCUUACCCUUAAUUUUCACGCAACUUACAGCUGACCCAUCACCUGGAAACGUCGAGACUCUCUCAUCGGAACAUGGAGACUCUGCUCUUAAGCACGAAGUUGACCACCUCAGGUCCAAGAUUUCAUUUUUAGAAUCAAGUGUUGAUGAAAGAAUCCGUGAAUUGAGCGGAAAGGAUGAGAGUGUUAGACAAUUGGAAACGAUCAUUCAAGAGAAAUCAGACACAAUCUCAUCAUUAAAGAUUGAGAUAGAAUAUUUCGAGCGAAAAGCAUCUCUAGAUGAUAAGGAGAAGAUGAGUAACACACAUGUACAGGCUGCUGAACUUGAAAAGCAGGUUGACAAUGUUAGAAAGGAAAUAGAAAUGCAGAAUAAGAAAAAAGUUGCACUGGAAGUUCGAUUAAAUGUAGCUGAGGAAAAGAUCGGGGAACUAAAUGUGAAACUAGAAGAUCUUCAAAGGAUUAACAGUGAACAGAAAUCCAAAAUUCAAAAGGCUGAACAUGCACUUCAACUAGCACAGGAAGAAAUGAUGAAAGCAAAAUUAAGGGCAGCUUCAGUAUCUAAAGCACUAACUGAGGUGAGGAAUCUGGAUUUUGAAGGUCCACGGAGAGUGGCUUCCACAUUGGUUAGCGGUUCAUUUAUAUCAUUUCCAGUCCUUGGUAUCUCAUUGGAAUGAACUCGGGAGACCUGCUCUGGACAUUACUAUCCAAAAGGUCUAGUUUUUGGCC